UUUGUUGCCCACUAUCAUGCCAGAUGGUCUGGCGAAUCCUUUCUUCAACCCAUUUUCAGACAAUAUUUCACAGGAAGGGGUCUUCGACAACACAGAGGCCACGCCGACGUACAGAACGCUCAAGAAACGUUCAAGUUACGACUCAAUAAUUGCUAGCUCUAGCUCUAGCUCCAACAAAGGCCACAGCGUUUUCACAGGCUCCAUUUUACACUCUCGGGCACGCACAGACGUACAAGCUGGGAUUCCGAGUUCUAGUCAUCACCCUCUUCGCGGUGCUGGUAUUUCGAAUGGUGCCACUGACUCAGGUGUUACAAGACCACAUCUUAGUCGCGUUCUGACGUCCCAGUUGAUAGAUUUUGAAGAGGAACAAAGAGAAGAAUACGAUUUGGGCGAUAUAGACGCGGAAGCGGCGGAAGAGAAGGCAGUCUUAGUACAUAAGGUUGCACAUUAUGAUUCUCUUGCAGGAGUAGCGUUGAAGUAUGGAAUCAACAUCUCAGAGCUGAGGCGUGCAAACCAUCUUUGGGCUUCGGAUUCGAUUCACUUACGGAAGGAGCUCUAUAUACCUCUCGACAAAGUUUCACGGCCUCAGGUCGCCCACGGUCCUUUCAAAGGGGUCUCUCCCCAAGCUAGUGGGUCCUCCCCAUCGACUACAGUAUUCAGUGGAGCUGUUCUGGUAGAUGACAGCUCGCCAAUCGACCACCCGACGGGUUACAUUCGGAAGAUACCUGCCAAGCAACUCUCCUUCUUCCCUCCCUCCGCAAAACCGCCAAAGACCGCACAAGAUGGGGCUUUGUCCCUCGGGAUCUCAGACGAGUCGAAACAUAAUGCACGCAUCGCCGGCACGAACACCCCUCCAACCUCUCUUAACGCAAUCCUCAAUGCGUUACCGAUCGCAGCAUCCACCCGGGACAGUAUCAUGGCUCGCCUGUCUUUCGAAAGCGCGACGUCGAGCUAUAAUGACGGAGAACACGAGUUGGUUGAUGUCCGCGUCGCUCGACACGCCCGUAGUAUGUCUCAUGACGGUAUCGUAGAUGAUUACAACAGCACGACCAAAGCACAGAAGGCACCUCACCCUAGGGUUCUGAAAAAAAACCACGGCCGGCCUGUCGGAAGCUCAGAUAUCAACCUGAGGAACUUUUCACGACAGGACGUUCCUACUUACCCGAUGACAUCGCCAAACACAAUGUUCUCAAGUUCAGAUAUCACCUCUUUUCCUGUACCUGUCCGUACAGUCCAGAUGGAACCAUCUCCCACGAUGCACCUUCCUUCCUCGGUACGCUUGUCGAAGACUUUGGGCGGCUCGAAUGUUGACAUGCGAAGGGAAAAAAGGAGGCCUCUGCUGAUAGAUGUUGAGUUCGAUUCGAACGGCGGCAACUCUCCAUCUGAUUAGCCCUUGCUUCGAGCAAUGCCGUGGUUCACAACGCGACGAUGGGAGCCUAUCACCUGAAGCCUCUGGCAGAUCAUUCUCACCUUUCCGGAGCCAAUAUCGCCUACAACUGCGGCGAACGAGAAAGAUGUUUAAGGUUUAAACGGCGAUCAUGCUUCCUUCCAAUCUGUGAACUCCUGUGAAGGCACGAGGAGGGUGAUGGGCACCAUAUCGCAACUCUGAAUACUGAACAUGGGAUAGUGACUGGCUGGACUACGAUUUCUGCCUGACAGAUUACACCCCGACUUCGCCUCUCUCUCUCUCUCUAGUAACGUCUUGUGCGUUUUGGAAAUGUGGAACACGAGGUGAUUUUUGUGUGUCGGGGAAGAACAACCACCGUUAAUGUUGACUGGACUCGGUGCUCGACGCGUAUGGGAGCGCGGGUACGGAGUAUUGAUAUCUCCGGAAUCCAGAGGCAGCUUGUCGAUGAUUAGGCAAUGUUAUCCUCGAAUCAGAUAAUCUUCUAUAGGCGCCGUCAGUGGAUGCUCCUAUAUGAUCAGUGAUGUUGACUGGAAUGAACCAGUUUGGUUCUCUGCCUUUACGAACCAGCGGUGCAUCUUCCCAUCGUCCCGUUAUAACUACCAUCAUUUGAACCAAACCCAGUCAAAGUCCCUUCAUCCAUAUUUACCUUGAGAUGCCGGUUCCGGUGCUGAUACGGUAACUCAAAUUUUUCCCGGUCAGCACACAAUCAGGAAUCUAAGGGGCAGACCCACUUUUACAUCAAUGGCGUUGAUCAUCUCUCGAACUGUGGGACAGUUCGUCUCAAAAAUAUCUGAACUUGGUCCGUUCAUACAGCACUACCCUCUUGGGAGCAUUGUCCUGUUUAGCCACGCUUUGUGUGGGCCCUCAGGAUCCGGAUCUCCGGUCCAAUAGAUGUUCGCAACGUUCUGAUUAUGUUCAAUGUGUGUUUUUCUGUGGUUGGGAAAUCCCCUACCUUCUGCACCCCCGAUUUGUGUUUACGAUGCGUAAUGAUGCAGUCGUGCCCCCGGAAACUACGUCUCUAGCAGCUUAGCUCCGAGACCCCAUAACGACUGUUGUACCGGUGACUGAGGACGCACGGGACGUCAAGUGAGCUUAGCUGGCCAGUUCUGUCGAGGCGGAGGGAGUCCUUCAUGACCGACCAAGAGCAAGUUUGAUCCCAAAGCUUGUUUCGUCCCGCGCCACGGGGAGUCUCAGUUGUGCUUCACACCUGUGGAGCGUGGGUGACGGAGGGCAAGUUCUUUGCUUUCCCAUUCGUUCUCUUCAACCUUCCCUUGUGCAGGCGCAUUUGCUCCUAUUCUUCUAUCGUUAAACUACCUACAGCAAACUCGGGAAAUUCGCUGCGAAAUAUCCCUCCUCCAUGACUAAAUCGUAUCUCCUGCAUUGAAGGACGCAACAGUUGUAGAGUCGUCUUGUAAAGAUUAUAGGGUCCCACUACAGCCGCCUUCAUUCAUGUUUUCCUUUCAAGUAGCCUCCUUGAGUCGCAACUGGGCUGGUACAUCCAGUACCUUACAGUGACUGGCGAGUUUCCCCUCCAUCCCCUUCCUCCACCAUACACAGCGUCAUUCUUACGACCUGAGCGUCGUCAUUGAUCAGGACUCUGGAAAUGAGGCCAAAGAACUUUCUUCGAAACCCUUCAGGAAUAUCUUUCAGACUUGACGAAGCAUGCGGUUGACUCCUCUAUGAGCCAUGGCCUUUCAUUUGGGAACAGGGAUGAUCGGUUGGACCCAGCGUUCGUCCGCUUAUUUUGGAAUAUGAGCUUUCGUCCGUGGUCGCCACACCGGGCGCGCCCGCUCAUGAUAGAAAUAUUAGGGUUCUUUAAUCAGACCGGUACUGAGAGCCUUUCUGGAAUUCGUUGUCGUCGGUUCUUCUUCUUUUGCCACUCGAUCCGAGGAAAGACCCACGUUUGAAGAAGAAUCAUUGCAGCCCAGUGUGUGUCACUUGUUUAACGCUCAAUCAUGGUUCGUGUUUAUCGGUGCUCUAGAGGUUAUUAAUGGGGGCGUGCUUUUAGCGGUUCAUAUUCCGAGAGCUGGAACUGAGCAGAUUUACGGGAGCCGUUUUCUGAGCGAACCGCGGACCGGGAGGGACGCAGUUAGAACCGGCAUAGACAUGUGAACACUGGAGGAGAACUUGGCGUUCUUUUUCUUCGCUUCAGGGCGACAGCCCGUCACACGGAGUUGAGUCAGGACCUGUGUGUUGACCUUGUGAAUGCCUUACUUACCUCAGAAUUAGAAUAUGAAAUUAAACUCUGGAAAAUCCCUUCUCCCCAAAACCUGUUCGCCGGGAAUUUGGCUCUGAGCACGAUCCGAGUCGCCCAAUAUACACAAAUCUUUCUUGACAAUUCACACAUUCGAGCUUCUGAACCUUAUUACUCGAUGCCCUUGUUCUCAACAUGGGACGCUGAUUCGUGGGUGGCCUGGGGGCAGUGGCGGGCUCUUUCUCAACUAUCCGACAAAAGAGCGACCAUAGUCAUCAUGAUGCGGCCUGCACAGACCGGUGGUGGCGGACUGUCACUGAUGGAAGAAGAAGAGAGGAAAGUACCAGCACGGUCAGCUGUGAAAUAAAGUUCGGUCUGUACUAGUGCUGUAUUUUCACCCUACUUCUCGAAGAUGGACACUAAAGUUUGA